AAUGUUUACGCGUCGUGUUAUCACUAUAGCAACAACAAACCAAUUGCAUCUGUUUUCAAUCUUUUCCGUCGCAAUCCGCAAUUCAGGGGGUAUUUUAAACCGAGCUGACUCGAAAUGUGUGAGGAAUGAGCGAUACGGACACGGACGACACCGAUCUGUUGCUGCUCAUACCGCCCAAUUACUAUACGGAGUCCACGGAGGAGGUGAAGAUGAGCGCAGGCGCAGCGGCGGCACUGGAUGCCCUGGCCAUGCCCCCGCCCCCCGUGCCCACGAGUGCGGCAUAUCAGUUCCUGCAUCCCAGCAAGAAAUCGGAGCUGAAUAACAUAAAUGCCAGGCUGCAGAAUAUGGGACUGGAGGCGGCGGACAAUCGAGGGGGAUUCGAGGCACCCUCGGAUAUAUCCACCAUAUCAACCAAUACGGUGAGAAAUGCAGCAGGGCAGCGGGAAAGUAGGGAGCUCCAUGGCAUGGUGCACUCCACGCCCAAAAGUGUAUUGCACCGACCGUUGGAGGAUAACAUACUGUUGGAGAUUGACCACUACCUAGACGAGAACAAUGUGAAUCGCUGGCAGAGACAGGAUCAUCAACAUCUGCAUCAUCAUAGCGAUGAUCAUUUGAGAAACGAGAGGUUAGUGCAGGAGGGUCAUCCGGCGGCCACUUCCCUGCCCAGCAUGCGAUUGACUUCCUCCUCUUCUGGAGCUCCUUCAGCAAGUGAAGUAGCAAGAGGUGCACGCAAUAGCUUGAACGACAACAGCAAGCUCAUCAGCUUGAGUGAACUUUGGGGCAAGAGUAGCUUGGCCAGAACUGUCCUGGACAACAAUUCUCCCAACCCGCGACUCCAGUGCAGUCCUUCCCUGAAAGAGGAACAACUGAGGAGACAGCAUCUGGAGAAAACUGUGCACAGCCUGCAAUCCCAACUGCUGGAAUAUCAGCAGCGCAUCUCAGUGGCCAUCGAGGUGGAUCGUUCCAAGGAUGCAGCACUCACAGGAGCGGAGCAAGCAGCCCAGAAUCUUAACUACGAAGUGCAGCAACUGCGUGAUGCUCUGCAUAAAAUGGAGGCGGAUAGAAGCGAAUCUCAGGGCAAAAUUGAUGCCCUGCAGCACGAGUUGUCGCAGGCUGUGAGCUUGGCCACCAAGUUUCAGGAAAAGAAUGAUAAACUAGAGGCAGAACUGGACCAUCGCAGGCAAGAUGCGAAGGAUUGGGAGGACAGACUGGAGCAACUGGAUAUGCAGCUGCACAGCAGCAAAAGAGCAGAGGAGCUGUCGCACGCAGAGCUUAACAAGCUGAGGGAUAAGUUUGCCAAGGUAGACUACCAGCAGGAGAAGCUAAAAGCCCGCAUUGAAGAACUGGAAAAGGACAAGAACACGCUUAACCACCAAAAGGAAAUGUUGCAGGAAUAUCAUCAAAAGCAAAAGGCGCGGGCGGAUGCCUUGGAGGCGCAGCGCAAGUCUCUUCAAGAAACACUGGCUAAUCUAACUGAAAAUGAGACCAAUCUCAAGAAAAAGCUAGAUGUUCAACAGAAAUCCCUCAAGCAGUAUUACCAGCAACAAAUGGAGAAUGUGGUGGCCAAAAAGAUGCAGGAAUUCCAGGAUCAGCUGGACAAAAACGAGGAGCAUCUGAAGAGUGAGGCUCGAGAGCGUGAAAGAUUGAUAGCCGAGCGGGCUGUUAAGCAGCUGGAAAUGAUUAACGAGAAGAAUAACCAGGAACUGAAUCUCAUCCAGGAGAAGCACCUUGAGGAAGUGGAGCUAUAUCGACUGCAGCUGGCCAAUGCCUCCAAGAAGAUCGAUGAAAUGGACCUCAAACUCAACUGUUACAAAACCAAGCGUGCUGAUAUUGCGGAGAAGCUGCACGGCGUAAUGGAGGCCCAGUGGCAGCAGGCACUUGCCAUUCUCACCACUCCCAGUCAAAACUCCCUGAUGCAAGCCAGUGAUACUGAAGGCGAAUCUCCUGAGCUAAACAAUGCCCGCAUGUAUCCGGAAACUCCCAAAACGAGCAAGUCGCAGCGCAGCAACAGCACCGAGAAGAACAACCUGGAUGUGGUGGGCAAACGAGAUCCGCCCUCGCCAAUGGACAAGCUGCAGGCCUACAUUGAGCUGCUGCUCAGCAAGUCGCCCAGUGACUUCGACAAGCUCGACGAGAUUCUGUCCAUGACGACUAGCAAACAGGGAAGCAAGCAUAGCAAACCAAAAAGCGGUAGUGGCAACAGUAAGCCUCCACCCUGGAAGUGCUGACAACAAGAGAGGCUCUCGCUAAGUAAUAUUGUACUUAAUAUCUAUAGUUUUAUAAUCAUUACUUACACCCUAAGCCCCUACAAUGUACAUUGUAUAUUUUACCUAAUAAUUAUGAAAGUAAAUCCUUUAGUUUUGCAAAA